CCCGCCCCGCCUCAAACGGGUCAGAGCAUCACGACGCUGAAGCCUUUGCAGUCUGCCCAGCUUCGUCCAUGGAGCCCAGCACUGGUCGCGAGGGGUCUCUGUCCGGCAGAAGACCCUCCAGCCCAGCCUCUCGCCCCCCCGCCGCUGCUAAAGCACACAAAGUGUCCAUUACCCCCUUCCACUGCUCUCCCAUCAUUAUCAGCAGCAAUGCCUCGUUUCGCGGCAGGCCAGGGCCGGGGCGGGGGAAACGUUUUUCGGCGCCCGCCGGCUUGUUUCUAAGCACGGCGGGGCGUCUGGCCACACCCCUCAUCAGAGAGAGACUUGCCACUGCUUCUUCAGGCAGUGCGGACGGAAUGACUCUCAGCUCCAGAACAGGCCGGACGCCAGCAGAGGAGGAAACACCUGAAGCGCCUCCAGUCAGGCCUGCAGGGAAGAAGGCCUGGAAAGCCACUCCGGUGGAUCCCCAGGAGUCUGAUGGUCCCAGAGCUGAACCUCAGCCUGAUCAGAACAUUCAGCAGAAAGUCUCUGCUGCAUCACAGAAACCUCCGGGAGCGGCGAGGGGGAGGAAGAGGAAGAGGAAGAUGGGAAUGUACAACCUGGUGCCCAAGAAGAAGGUAAAGACUGUGAAGCAGCACAAUAAGAAAGAGAUGAAGAAGAGCCGCGCUGCAGCGGAACACAAACCCGAGGCUCCUCCAGAGGACCGACAGCUUCCAGUGGUCAGGAGCAAACCUCUAAAGCAGGAGAAGGAGGAGGAGCAGGCGGGGCCGGGCGGCCCUGUCGAAUACACAGAGCUGGCUCUGGACUGCCUGGACCUCAAGGCUCAGGUGGAGCUGCUGUCGCCUCCCCUGUCAGAUGUAGCAGCAGAUGCUGAGGUGACUGAGUCGGACUUGGCGGAGGAGCUGCCGCUCUGCUGCUGUCGUAUGGAGACGCCGUGCGGCGGCGGCCACGUGGAUCAGAUCUGCAUGGCCAUGGAGACCGCUGAUGGAACGCUGAGCCGCUGCCAGAGGCGAGCCAUGAAGCAGGAGAUGAUGAGACCCUCCAACACGGUGCACCUGCUGGUGCUGUGUGAGGACCACCGGGCCGGCAUGGUCAAGCACCAGUGCUGCCCCGGCUGUGGGCUCUUCUGCAGGGCGGGCAGCUUCCUGGAGUGCCGGCCGUACGGUAACAUCUCCCACCGCUUCCACUGGGACUGCGCCUCCAUCCUGAAGGAGCGCCGCUUCUGCCCGCACUGUGGCGAGGACGCCACGAGGGCGGCGCAGGUGACGGUGCCCCGGGCCGAGCCCUCGCCCUCCGUGCCCCGCUCCAACCCGGGGCCGUCGCUGCCCACCGCCGCCACGCUGCCGUCUGUCCCCGCCACGCCCGCCGUGCCGCAGACGCUGCGAGCCAAGAAGAGCAGCGAGCCGCAGCGGGACCGAGACGACAGUCCCAAGAGGUUGAAGGACGAAGCUCCACGUCCUGCAGAGAGACUCCCCAAAGAGUCCCUGGAAAACAUCCUGACGGCCCUCGAUGAUGAAAACCUGAAGCCAAAGAAAGUGAAGUACCCCGCCAGGCAGCUGUACGUCUCAGCCAAGCAGGGCGACCUGCAGAAGGUCAUCCAUCUUCUGGUCAAUGGGAAGGACCCCAACUUCCUGAUGGAUGGUCAGAACAAGCGCACCCCGCUUCACGCCGCGGCAGCCGAGGGUCACCACGAGGUCUGCCACAUGCUGGUCCAGGCCGGAGCCAACCUGGACAUGUUUGACCAAGAGCAGAGGACGCCGCUGAUGUCCGCCUGCGAGAACAACCACCUGGACACAGUGAAGUACCUGAUCAGAGCCGGGGCCGCCGUCGGCCAUAAGGACGUCUUGGGCUUCACCUGUCUCCACCUGGCAGCUAAACUGGGACAUUACAAUGUCAUCCAGCAUCUGCUCUCCAAGGCUUCCAAGCACAUCAACUGCCAGGAUGAUGGAGGCUGGACCCCCAUCACCUGGGCCAUCGAGUACAAACACGUGGAGGUGGUGCUGCUGCUGCUGGGCAAAGGAGCCGACGUCAACAUACGGGACAAGGAGGAGAACGUGUGUCUGCACUGGGCCGCCCUGUCGGGCUGCGAUGACAUCGCUCAGGCUCUGCUGGACGCCCGCUGCGACCUGAACGCCAUCAACGUGCACGGAGACUCGCCGCUCCACGUUGCGGCCAGAGAAAACCAUCUGGAGUGCGUUGUGUUGUUCCUGUCUCGCGGCGCUGAUGUGUCUCUGAGGAACGUGGAGGGCCAAACCGCUCUGGACUGCUGCCUGACUGGAUCCAAAGUGUGGGCGGCGCUCAACGCCAACAAGAAGCUCACCGAUGCCCGCCGAGGCCGAGACUGUUUGGGAGAGCGAGUGCUCAGCAGAGACGUCUCCCGGGGUUACGAGUCUGUCCCCAUCUCCUGUGUCAAUGGUGUGGACGGCGAGCCGUGUCCCGACAACUUCAAAUACAUCCCCGACAGCUGCGUCACGUCGCCGCUCAACAUAGACAAGGACAUCACCCGCCUGCAGCACUGUGGCUGUACUGACGACUGUGUGUCCGGUUCCUGUGUGUGUGGACAGCUCAGUCUGCGCUGCUGGUAUGACAGCGAGGGUCGUCUCCCUCAGGACUUCUGCCAGCGCGAGCCGCCGGUGCUGUUUGAGUGUAACCACGCCUGCUCCUGCUGGAGAACCUGCAGGAACCGAGUGGUGCAGAACGGCCUCAGGGUGCGGCUGCAACUUUUCAGGACGCUGAACAUGGGCUGGGGGGUGAAGGCCAUGCAGGACGUUCCUCAAGGAACCUUCGUCUGCGAGUAUGUCGGGGAGAUUAUCAGCGACGCCGAGGCUGACAAACGAGAGAACGAUUCCUUCCUCUUCACGCUCGACAACAAGGUGGGCGACGUCCACUGCAUCGACGCCCGGCUGUUCGGGAACAUCGGCCGCUUCAUCAACCACCUGUGCGAGCCCAACCUGCUGGCCGUAAGAGUCUUCACCAUGCACCAGGACCUGCGCUUCCCUCGCAUCGCCUUCUUCUCCAGCAGGAACAUCAAAGCCGGCGAACACAUCGGGUUUGACUAUGGUGAUCACUACUGGAGGGUGAAGAGGAAGUACUUCAGCUGUCAGUGUGGCUCUCCCAAGUGUCGCCACUCAGCUGGAGGCCGAUAGAAACUCCACCGUGACCUCGGAUCUCUGAGUUCAUCCAGCCAGUGAUCAGGAAUGAAGAGCUCAGGAUCUCUCAGUUCUAUAGUUCAACUAGUUUUAACUGAUUAUUGUUAUUGUUCUUUUUAGCUUGAAUUGAAUUUAAAUCCUACAAAGUGUCUUAAUAGUGGAUUAAAAAAGUAAAUGCAGGUUUUGUUGUCUGUUUUUGCUACAUGUUCAACUUAGAAAUACAUACUU